UCUGCAAAAUGCAAAAUCCCAUCUGUUAUAUAUGGCGGGUGUAUACACAAUACGGUUACGCAUUGCAGACGCACAGGCACUAAACACACGCUAUUUACCUUUUUCACUUUGCAUGUGAUCAUUCUCUCUCUCUCCACCUAUAUAUACAAAACUUUCUCACUUCAAAAUUCUCUGCAAUUUCACUACUGAAAUCUCCUUUUUCACGACGGCAAAAUGUUCUACUCUCAUCAGCUUCUUGCUCGUAAAGCUCCACUCGGCCAAAUAUGGAUGGCGGCCACUCUGCACUCGAAACUCAAUAGGAAAAAGCUUAGUAAACUCAAUAUAAUUAACAUCUGUGAACAAAUAUUAAAUCCAUCGGUCCCAAUGGCUCUGAGGCUCUCUGGAAUUCUCAUGGGUGGAGUAGUCAUUGUUUAUGAACGCAAAGUGAAACUCCUCUACGAGGAUGUGACUCGUCUCAUGGUUCAAAUCAAUGAAGCUUGGAAGGUGAAAGCAACUGUUGAUCCUACGUUGCUUCCCAAGGGUAAAUCUCAAGCCAAACAUGCAUCUGUUACUCUGCCAGAGAAUCAGGAGGAAGAGCUCCCUGAGAUUGAACAGACGCUACGAAAUCCAGACACUGCCACAAUGAUGGAUUUCGAACAAACCUCCUAUUUUGCAAUGGUACAUUAUGGAAAGCACUGCCACCUCCUCAAUCCACGAAAUAACUUCAAA